UUCAGGAUUAGAAAGGACUCCACACCUUGGAGAGCCUAGGAGACAGGAGAAUCAUUUUAAAUGCAAAUUAAAUUGAGGGGGUAGCAGAAAAGAACACAUAAAAGACGGUAAAACAAAACCUUUCAAUUUUCUUAAAUUAGCAGGCUAAUGUGUUCUAAAGAGCAGCCCCACUCAGAUUCCAUCUUGGGGGGGGGUAGUAUUUCAUCACAAUAUAAAACCGGCGAAUCCAUCAUUUCCCUCCACUCUGUGCUCUUGACUGGAGAUUGAAGGGAAAAUUAGAAGCUGUUCAUUUGGGCUUGCCGGCUCAGCAGCCCGGCUCAGUUUGCUUUCUGCUCUCCGGCAGCAUUCUGUUGAAGGAGGACAAGGGCUGAUAUCUACGUGAUUAGUUUCCCUCAAAAUCCUGUUUUGAACAUCGAAGAUGGACUAUCCCAAAAUGGAUUAUUUUCUGGACGUCGAGUCUGCUCAUAGACUCUUGGAUGUGGAGUCAGCACAAAGAUUCUUCUAUAGUCAAGGAGCUCAAGCUCGCCGGGCGACCCUGCUCCUGCCUCCCACAUUAAUGGCGGCUUCUUCGGAGGAUGACAUAGACCGGCGGCCCAUCAGAAGAGUCCGCUCCAAGAGCGACACGCCAUAUCUCGCAGAGGCCAGGAUCUCCUUUAACCUGGGGGCAGCCGAGGAAGUGGAGAGGCUGGCGGCCAUGCGUUCUGACUCUCUGGUCCCUGGUACACACACCCCACCUAUCCGGAGGAGGAGUAAGUUUGCCAACCUGGGGAGGAUUUUCAAGCCUUGGAAAUGGAGGAAGAAGAAAAGUGAAAAGUUCAAGCACACAUCAGCAGCUCUGGAAAGGAAGAUAUCGAUGAGGCAGAGCAGAGAGGAGCUGAUCAAGAGAGGGGUCUUGAAGGAAAUCUAUGAUAAAGAUGGAGAGCUCUCCAUUUCGAAUGACGAUGAUUCCCUGGAGAACGGCCAGUCCCUGAGCUCCAGCCAACUGUCCCUGCCUGCCCUGUCAGAAAUGGAGCCUGUACCAAUGCCCAGGGACCCCUGCUCGUUUGAGGUGCUCCAAGCUUCAGAUAUCAUGGACGGACCAGUGUCUCAAGAGAGUCCCUCUGCCAGUGAGUCUGGAGUCCUCCUGUCCCAAGAUCCUUCAGCCAAACCAGUUCUGUUCCUGCCCCCCAAAAAACCUGCUGCUUUCUCUGGAGACCAUGAGGAGACCCCAGUGAAGCAGUUGUCCCUUCUCAAGCAGCCCCCGGCCCUGCCUCCCAAACCCACUGCCCGGAUUGCCAACCACUUAACAGAUCCUGGCGCCCCUGUGAAAUUGCCUUGUCUGCCAGUGAAACUGUCGCCUCCGCUACCUCCAAAGAAAGUCCUGAUAUGUAUGCCUGUCGGGGGGCCAGAGCUCUCCCUGGCAACCUACGCAGCCCAGAAGAGCAGCCAGCAGGCCGUGGCCCAGCACCACCACACUGUCCUGCCAUCCCAGAUGCAGCACCAACUGCAGUAUGGCAGCCAUGGCCAGCACCUCCCGUCCUCUACCGGCACCUUGCCCAUGCACCCCUCGGGCUGCAGGAUGAUCGAUGAACUCAACAAGACACUUGCUAUGACCAUGCAGAGGCUGGAAAGCUCCGAGCAGCGAGUCCCCUGUUCCACUUCUUACCACAGCUCUGGUUUGCACUCGGGCGACGGUGUCACGAAAGCAGGACCCAUGGGCCUUCCGGAAAUAAGACAAGUGCCAACCGUUGUGAUCGAGUGCGACGACAAUAAAGAGAAUGUGCCUCACGAGUCCGACUAUGAAGACUCAUCCUGCCUGUACGCCCGGGAGGAGGAGGAAGAGGAGGAGGAGGAUGACGACGAUGCUUCAUUGUACACCAGCUCUCUGGCCAUGAAGGUCUGCAGGAAGGACUCCUUAGCCAUCAAACUCAGCAACAGACCUUCGAAGCGAGAGCUGGAAGAGAAGAAUAUCCUCCCCAGACAGACCGAUGAGGAGAGGUUGGAGCUCAGACAGCAGAUUGGCACCAAGCUCACCAGGCGGCUGAGCCAGAGACCCACCGCAGAGGAACUGGAACAGAGGAACAUUCUGAAGCCUCGGAAUGAACAAGAAGAGCAGGAAGAGAAGCGUGAAAUCAAGAGGAGGCUGACUCGCAAGCUCAGUCAAAGGCCCACGGUGGAAGAACUUCGCGAGAGGAAGAUCCUCAUCCGCUUCAGUGACUAUGUGGAGGUGGCAGAUGCCCAGGACUAUGACCGCAGAGCAGAUAAGCCAUGGACACGACUCACAGCAGCUGACAAGGCUGCCAUUCGGAAGGAGCUCAAUGAGUUUAAGAGCACUGAAAUGGAAGUCCACGAGUUAAGUAGACACUUGACAAGGUUUCAUCGACCUUAACAGUGGGAUUCCUCUUGAGCGCUCUGCUGUCUUCAAAACAUAAAUUUAUAAGAACCAUAAGUGCUGGCAUUUGUCCACUUCCCCAUUAUAAUGUAAAUCUGAACUGCCUUUUUUAUAAGAAAAAAAAAGAAAGAAAAAGAAAAGAAAAGAAAAAAGGAGAAGAAGAAACAAAAGGAAACACAAUCAGGAUUCUGUGUGCAGGAAACACCAUGGUGACCACUCCUCAGUCAAUGCUGCUAGCACUUCUGCUACGGAGAGGUGUCCCCGCCCCCAGCAGGGCCCUACCUGAACACAGUCCAGAGACUGCCUCACCCGCCCCCCAUCCGGCCAGCAGGCACCACAUUGGUUCAGUCUUCAGUGAACCCCUUCCUCAUAAGGGACUGUUGCCUGAGUUCAAAGAAGCCAAGGGCAGCGGGUUUGGUAUGGGUGUGGCUAGGCCAAAGUCAUGAGUCAGCGGACCUAAACUCUGUGGGUCCCAUAGGCUCCCCGUGGGACAUUGAGAGGGUCUGGAAAGGGGAAAGACCUCUCAGUUGCCCCCCCCCCCCGACACACACAAACACACACACAGCCUUGUUCUGGGGAAGCCUGUACUGGCCCUUUGAUCCUGAGCAUAUGUGCUGUGGGUAUCGGAGGCUGAAACUGAGCAUCUGCUUUGACCCCCCAGCCCGAACUGAACUGCCUUCCAGAAGACCGAGAAAUAGUGGCUGCCUGCUUGGUUCUCGUUCGUUGACCAGCUUGUGUUUGGAAAGCCCAGGGCCAUGGGCGAUCCACACAGAAAUGCCAUUGCUAAGGUUCCCUGUGGUAUUGUGAGUAUGAGCUGAGCAGAGGCUGGGGUCAGGAGCUCCACUUGGCCCCCAUUUUUCAUUGUCCCUGUGACACCCCUGGGACAGGAUGAUGUGGCUUGGCCGUUUUCAUAACUUCUGAAUACAUGGAGGCCAGAGCUGGGGACCAAUGUCCCAGUGCCUCUCCAGGGCCUUCCACUCUUCUGUCUGUUCACUGAAGAGUUUCUGCAUCUUAGCAGAUCCGACACCUCAGCAGGGCUAGCACUGGGCAAGGCUUUGCCAGCCAUGACUGUCUAUGGCGUCCCUUGCUGCUCUUCUGACCAGAGAGAUUCAGUCUUCUCUUCUCUCCCCGCCCCCCUCUCUCAAGAUGUGCCUCCAGCUGCCCUGUUGACAGAGCCUCCAAGGGUUGGGUGCACACUGAGGGAAGGACACCCCAGACCUUAAGGAGGCCUGCUGCAGCACUGUUUCCUUCCUAGCGGAGCUCACAGACCCUUGGGUGCAAAGCUCUGCCUCCACCCCGCGGUGCACUCAGCUUUCAGAGUCACUUAGCCAUGGGUUCACUAAGUGAUGGCUUACUCCCCCUCCAACACAGCCAGGAUUCAGAGAGAUUAAGUCAGCUUGCCAUUCUGGCCAGCCCCAGAAAGUUGUCCCCUUGUCAAACCAGUUGGGACCAUGUUACUCUUUGAACACAGCGCCUAUCAGUGAGGCCAUGCAAUUUUACUCUUUGGACACAGCACCCAUUCAUGCUUCAUGGCCAGUUGCUAACCCAGGAACCAGACAGAGUUAAAGGAAAGCUUAGACCAGCUUCCCAGGUAGCACCAUGCAGCUCCUGGGCACUGUCUGGACCGAGUACACCUCUGUCCAGCCCAAAGACAUCACCAUCACUGAAUUUUUCUAGCAUUAUUAUUUGAAUGUCCAGAGGAGUAGGGAAAGGGUGGCGGGGUUUUAGCCCAGCUGUAAACACAGUUUUCCUGAAAGACUUACUGACCUUCGAAUGUGCUCACGGUAGGAGGAAAGAUACAGAACUCUUUCCUUGAACUUCCCUAGGGUGAAGGGUAGGCACGUGUUCUGGGUGGAGGUCCCUGCCUGGCCCGGCCGAGGGCCUCACUUCCUCUACACAGCAGCUGCACUUGAGGCUGCUGUAGUGUCCUGGCCUGACAGUCAGGCCUUUCCCAGCCUGGAGGAGUCCUAAUGAACUCCUUGGCUUCCCUGCUGGCCUUGGUUCUAGGGCCCUUCAGAAGUCCCAAACGCAUCUGUCUCCCUGCUGCGAAGCAGCAGCUGCUGUCACCAAUUCCCUUCAGCGUGCCCUGGAGUUGGCCUCCUCUUUAUGCACGGAAGAGGUUGGACACAAUGCCGACAUCACUUCCUGUGAGGCACCCUUUGGCAGAAGUCACUUGUUCAGAGUUAGGGGUGUGCCACACAAGCUCCUAAAAGGUCACCACCUCCUUUGGGGGGGGGGAGGAUCAGCUAUUUCAGGCCAUGACAAGUGGUUCCCGCCCAGGCUCUGCAGCCUCCCCAGCUGUGGGAAGGCACUUCCUCUCUCCUUCUGAGAUCCUGGAGUCUUUAAGGAGCUGGAACCACAUUUCCCCCCACUUUGUUAGGACAACUGAAGUGACUUGAACUGUUUCUAAAGGUGACAAUUUGACAUUAAUUGGGGGGGUGAAAGGCGAGCUAGGUGACUCUAAACAUCCCUCUCUGACACAGCUGCAGUCUUCAAGUGAGCUCAUCUUGAGCCUAUACAUCCGCAUCUGAGCACUGUGGGGUGCGGGUUCGCAAGAAGGGAAACCGUGAAACGUGUCAAACCUUGUUUUCUUCUCAAAACCAGGCAUUGCUGAAAGCCCCGUCUGUCCCAGCUCCAGGCAGAAGAGCCUGCCACUGGCAAACCGGCUUUUCCAAAAUCCUGAUCACUCCUUCCCCAGACACCCUGAGAGCCCUGCCAGGUUUUCAGAAUGUGAGCCUUUCUGCCAGAUAGAGAAACCAAACAAGGCGCUGGUCCGUGCGAGCAGGCGCUCUGAGUUUCUUUUUCUCCCGCUUAUGAACAUGUGUCUGUACUUCCGGAAUGAGCAUCGUGGUGUGUUGCUUCGGUGAUAUGGGAUCCCAGGCUCUCCCUGUGCACAGUCAAUGGGCAGGGGUCACCUUCGAUGACUUCUUCCUCCCACGAAUCUGUUCCUCCCCAAGCAGGUUGCUUUCUUCCAGUUGCUUCCUGGUGUCUGUACAUAGUUCGUCUUUGUAUAGGAGUGAGUGAGUGUGGUGCCCGUCGACCCCAUGCCCUCCAGGGUUCUAACUUAACAGAUGACGGCUGUAUGAGGAAGAUGCUGUACAUAGAAUAUAAACUAAGCUGGAUCUCUGUGGCCUAGGUUUUGUACAUACAGAAACUGCAUGGCAUUUAAGUUAUUGUUUCUCUCUGAUGAUGUAUGCAGUUUCUUUAAAACAAACCAAAAGAAAAAAAUGUUUAAAAAAACA